UAAAACAUCAUCUUCAUAGAUAAAUACGCUUACCUUAUCUACUAGUUGAAAUUAAACCGACAUUGAAAGGUGGGAACCUGAAAGGUGGAGCACCACAAAAGAACUUGUGGACGUUAAGUGUUUGUGCCUCGCCACAAGCAGAAAAGUUAUUUAGAUUUCACAGAUAAAUGCCAUUAUGACAAGAUGGUUUAUCAGAAGAAAACAUCAAACAGUAAUCAAUUGCGAGCCGAAAGGGAACAUUUUUCUACCCCAGACCAUCAUUAUAAUACAAGGUUUUCUGCACGAAAUAACGCAAAACGAUCGUGUGUUCCAUAUAAAGUGCUCGAUUUUUCAAACGCCCAAGGAGACCAUUAUGAAGAAAAUACAUACCUGGUAGAGGACGAUAAUUCCAGUGAGCGAUUUUCGACUGCAAGCUUGAACAGUUUCCACAAUUCGUCGGAGAUUUCCCGAAAUUCGAUCACCGCGAACUACUGUGACCAGCAAAUUGAAACAAGAUUGCGCAAAUUUGAAAAACCAAUGGAUUUUGAUGGGCCUCCAUGUCCGAAUGAUAAUCGCAAAUGGAUCAGGAACGGCAGUCUUGUGUUAAUAGUCGCUGUAAUCGCUUGGUAUGUAAAUCAUGUGCGUGUUCAAUUGAACAGGAUGCAAAUUGAUAUAGAGUCUGUAAACGGUAGAAUAAGCGACAUUGUGGACGCAAGACUGGAUACGUUGCACCAAUUGAGCGAAUUUAGCAAUUUGGUUAAGGACUUAAAACAGAGCCAAAGUAACUUCAAGUUUACUAUACAAAAAACGAUCGAAAAUGAGAUAUCGAAAAUGUAUAACGACAAGACUGGACGAACGGAUUUUGCCUUAGAAUCAGCCGGAGGUAGAAUUGUGCAAUUAUCGCCAGGAACCGAAAAUUAUGCACAACCUAAAAGUUCACUACUAGGAAUAUCACUUUGUGAUGGCAUGCAUGGACCGCGCGCUAUCAUACAGACUGGUACGUCCCCUGGAGAGUGCUGGGCGUUUAAAGGAUCGAGCGGCGGUGUUAUCAUAAAACUGUUGGGUUCUAUAAGAAUUGAUGCAGUUAGUUUAGAGCACAUUUCCAAAAGUAUAUCCCCAUCUGGAGACUCCACUACGGCACCAAAGGAUUUUACAGUUUGGGGAUUGAAAUCCGUAGUUGAUAGAGGAACUUUGCUGGGUCAAUUCUCGUAUAAGUUGGACGGCCCGCCAGUUCAAAUGUUUAAACUUCAUUAUCCCAUACACGAUACAUUUGAUUUUAUCGAGCUGAAAGUACAAUCUAAUCAUGGAAAUAACGAUUUUACGUGCGUAUACAGAUUUAGAGUACAUGGCAUAAUGGAAAAUGCAAAGGGAAAGUAAAGUACAGUAAUUUUA